UGUUGCCACGUCAGCAUCACGCUGCGGCAAUACAACGAUGCCAUGCAGCUGUGCAUGCAUGAUGGCUUAAGCUUUUCUGCAUGAUCAUGCUCGUUUUUCUUAAGCGCUAACACCAACUGAAAGCUGGAAGCCUCCUCCUUUUUAACUAACCCGAACAUACUGAUCAUCACUCACGGCAUGAUGCUUCACAGGAGAGGACACUCGCUGGGAGGGAGCUCCGAUCGAACCCGCCGAGCUGUCGCGACGAAAGGAGGGAGGGGCAGCAAUGGCGCGGCCACCGAUCUGCUCGUCUGCUUCCCGUCGAGGGCACACCUCGCCCUGAUGCCGCCCAAGGCCAUCUGCAGCCCGUCGCGGCCGUCCGCCUCGGAGCCGGUCAAGCGCCGGCACACCACGAGCCGGGCCGGGCCGCUGCCGUCCAGCGCUCUCUACAAGUCGUCGGCCCGGAACCCGAGCCGCCGCGCUGCGGGUGUCCCCGUCGACGACGAGCCGUCGUCGCCAAAGGUGACGUGCGUGGGGCAGAUCAAGGCCCGGCCGGCCAAGCCCAAGGGCCCCGGCGUUGGCGGCGAUGGGAAGAAGACUAAGAAGGCCACGUGGCUGCAGGCGCUGGGAAUCAAGAGGGACGCCAAGCCGUUCUUGGACGCCCUGCACGGCGCCUUCCGGUUCAACGUUCGCGGCUGCUUCGGCAGCUUUCCUGGUGCCGUGGAGUACACUUCGGGGGAGGACGACGACGACGACAUGGAGGAUGAGGAGCGCGCGGAGAAGGAAGCCGAGCACGGCGCAGCGUUGGCCAGGUGGUUCAUGGUGUUGGAGGAAGACAAGGAGGCGUCCAGCAAGAAGCAGGGACAAGAACUGCAGCAGAAGCAGAACGAUGAGUACAAGGAGGAAGACGCAGCGCCGCCGGCGAACGCGCUGAUGCUGAUGCGGUGCCGGUCAGCGCCGGCGAAGGGGUUAGCGAGGAGGUUAGGAGGAGAGGCGGAGGACUGUGAGGAUGUGAAGAGCGCCGAGAAGACUCCAGAGGAAGAGAAGGAGGAGAGCCUGGUACUCAUGACCUACUCGCCGGACUUCUUCAAGGUAUCGCUAGACAUUGCCAAGGAGACGUGGAUCGUCGGCGGUGAUGACGCGAUCUUGCGCUGCCGGGGCUGGACGAGAUGAAUGAUCACAAGGAUCGUUCUACGAGGAAUAUAUGUGCCUUUUGUUUACUUUUUACUACUUGCUUGCCUCCCCCCUCCCCUCUUUUUCAUUUUGAGAAUUACUACUCUUUAAGGCUCGUGUGAAGGGUAUGAUCAGCAUGCAGGAGAAUUGGUUUCACCAAGGCCAUCGUAUUGGCCUCUCUGCAAAACAUUUCUGCUCUGUAAAUAGUGCUGUAAUGUCCCCUGUUAAAUGCUACCCAGGUAGAUGGUGAAUACUGUACUAGGCAUAUGUGAGAUUGUAUAGCAAUAUAUGAUGAGCUUUUACAGCUCCUU